AUGGCUGCAUGGCAAGGGCUUAGAUGCCUCUAUAAUUUAAACUGUCCAAAUACAGUUAUGGAAGAAACCCUGGAAGUAGCUCUGCUUAAAACCAACCCUGAUAAAAGAAAGUUGGAAACCCCUGAAAAACAUCUUGUUAAGGCUAGAAAGUUAGAUAAAGACUCCAGCAAGAGGAACAUUACCAUUGACUCUAAUUUACAAGAUUUUGAGGAGGAUGAGGAUGACCCACAUGAAAAGGAGAAGAAGGAGGUUGGCUCAGGGGAAAGAAGGUCAACUCGUCUCCUUGCUAACAAUAAGAAAGUCAAAAUUGUAACCAAAGAUACCUCCCCUAAAUUGACUGAGGAAUUCACCUCGGAUGAUGAUGAUGAUGAUGAUGAAUCCUCUAGUGACGAUAAAAAGGAUGAGGAAUUUCAAGUAGAAGAGGAGGAAUAG